ACGAAAUUAGGAAAGCUGAGGCGAAGCAAGGCUCCUUUGGAGUUGUUAAGGCUAGUACGAGAAAUCCAUCGUCACAGGCGACGUCCUGGUUCCGUUUCUAAAGGGAAAAGGGGACUCAAGACGCUCCUGCAGAAGGGCUGCUCUUAGUUCUAAUAGGGGCGCGGUUCGGCGGUUGUUAGGUAGGCAAGAUUUCGCGAAAAAAGCAGAAGAGAUGGAUGAAAAAAGGCUCAAUGAUAUAGCUGGAGGGGGAGAGGGAAAUCAGGCCAUAGAAGAUGCUUUUAGGAAAGCGGAUAGUCCAUCUAGUAGUCCAAAGAAGAAAAAGAAGGGGAG